AUCUGCAUUGCACUUAGUUACCGAAAAGAAAAUACAAAAUUUUAAACGAUAACAUUUUUUGUAAAGAAAAAUUCUUUCUAUCCAAUUUCGUAUUCACUUUAUUAUCUGCCAUUUUGAGAUGUGUAUCACGUGAUAAGAAAAGAUUUAAUCCGGGUAGUGAAAACAGCAAACUCUUGCGAAGCCCGAUAAGUGAACAUUUCCUGCUUUUUCCUUUCAGAAAGAAGUGCAUCUACCCAGCUGCAUUCUCAUCCAUUUUUUUGCACGAAUCACUGCCUGAUAAGGCGGUAGACAUCUUCAAAUUGUCUUCGGUGCCUUAAGGUCAAGGAGUACUAUCUUGGAUUACGGUUCAUUAAUGAUUCCGCUGAACAACUGAUUGGCUUUACUAUCAUUCCUUCUUCCUGUGGAUUCUCGACUAAGUGUGUGGUGACGAGGAAUACUGAUUAACAGCAGUUCUGUGCCAGGAGAGCCAAGUACAUGGAAUGAGGGCGUGCUUCCUGCUGCGUUAUAUUAUUAAGUGAUAUCCAACUUUCUGAUGGAAGGAUGUAGCUGACAGAUAUUGCCGCUAAAAGUGUUCAUAUUCACAAAACGUGGCCCUCGCCGAAACCCGAAAGGCGGUAAUUCCCACCAAGAUGGUGAAUAAUGAGGAGGAAGAAAAGAUCAAUGUUGGAGACGAUGAACAGAUGACAAUUCGUGGAUUUCGGCGCUCAUUUCCAAAACUCAUCAUUACAUGGUUAGCUGUUUUGCUCUCCGGAGGUUUAUUGCUGAUAGCAAUGUCAUGGAGGCGGCGCAUAUUCAUGCGGUGCACUCACAGGCAAUGUCCUUUAGAAGAGGCAGAAAAAGUACUGCUGGUGGAUUCAUACAAUCAACAGUUCGUGGAACGCGUUGUACGGCCUGUUGAGAAAUCACUUAAGUCAAAACAGCAUACAUAUUUUUACAACAAAAGAAUUAAAUACGUAUGGGAUCCUCAACAUUCCAAGUUUGUUAGAGUUGUGGGUCUAGAUGUUCGAAACUGUUCUCAUUUACAUGCCCUCAGAGAAGGUUUAAAUACAACAGAAGCAUUAUUCAGACUGCACUUCUAUGGCAAGAAUUCUAUACAAAUAAAAGUGAAACCUGUUUGCAAAUUGGUACUUAGAGAGAUUCGGAGUCCUUUUUAUAUUUAUCAAAUGUUCAUCGUCGUCGUAUGGAUGAUUCAAGUUUACUAUCAGUUUGCAUUAUGUAUAGUGCUUUUGUCUAUCAUAUCAAUCACAGCUACAGUAUGGGAAACGAGAAAGCAAAGCAAAGCUCUGAGAGAUGCAGUGCGCACUGAUGCCGUGAUUACAGUUCUGCGAGAUGGUAAAGAGGUUCAGAAACCUUCUGACGAUCUCGUACCAGGCGAUGUUAUUCUUUUACCGCAAGCGCAGUUUACCAUGGUCUGUGACGCUGUACUGUUGUCUGGGAAUUGUGUCGUGAAUGAAAGUAUGCUUACAGGAGAAAGCACUCCUAUUACCAAAGUCCCUGUCGCCAAUGAUUCCAAUACUAAAUAUGACACUAGCAGCAAUAAGCGAAGUACGUUAUUCUGUGGAACUCAAAUACUUCACAGCAGGAAUGCUGAUGGGUCUGGUGUUAAAGCAAUAGUAUACAGAACAGGUUUCUCUACUGCAAAAGGAGAACUAGUAAGAGCUAUUCUUUUCCCCAAACCCGUGAAUUUCAAACUCUACACGGAUUUAUUUAAAUGCAUGAUCAUAUUUUUCGUCCUUGGUAUACCUCCUAUGAUCUAUACAGCAGUCAUAUGGAUUAAUCUUGGUGCUUACACAAAAGAUGUCAUCAUCAUCGUCGUCGACGUUGUCACUUUCCUUGUACCUCCCGUUCUGCCAGCGGUUCUCACCAGCAUCAACGCGCAUGCGCAGAGGAGGCUACGGAAACACGGGAUAUACUGUCUUAAUUCUCGUUACAUCAAUUUCUGCGGAGGGCUAGAUGUUGUGUGCUUUGACAAGACAGGAACGCUUACCGAAGACAGUUUGGAUAUUUCUGGUGUUGUUCCAGUUGAAGAUGGAAGGUUUGAAAGAGCUGUAAAGCACUUGACACACCUUCCCAAUAGUUCUCUCCUGAAAGCCCUCGCUACAUGUCAUUCUUUAACUAAAGUGGAUGGUAAACUUCUCGGCCAUACUUUAGAUGUCAAAAUCUUUGAAGCUAUUGGAUGGGAUUUGGAAGAGCCAUCAUUUGGUGACCAAGUACCUUUCGAAAAAUUACCUCCACGAAUAGUCUUUCCAAAGUCUGAAUCAAGAGAUCAGCCAGCUUCUGCACUUGCGGUUGUAAGGCAAUUUCCUUUCGAAUCACUACUGAGAAGAAUGAGUGUCGUUGCUAAAACGCAAGGCAGCAGUUCCUUUGAAGUUUACCUAAAAGGUGCUCCAGAACUUGUGGCCUCUCUCAGUCGAAGUGAAACAGUGCCAGAAAAUUUCAAAGACGUUCUGGAAUUCUACACUCGGCAAGGCUUCAGAGUUCUUGGGAUAGGAUCUAAAGCUCUGCCAGAAGAUAUAAAAUGGGAUGAUGUGCUGAGAAUGCCAAGAGAACAACUGGAAUGCGGUUUGCAGUUUCAUGGCCUUCUAGUUCUUCAGAACAGGCUGAAACCACAGACAAUACCAACUCUGAAGAUCCUAAAAGAUGCAGAUAUUAGAACAAUCAUGGUGACAGGGGACAACUUGCUGACAGCCAUUACAGUUGCUAGAGACUGUGGUAUGAUAGAAGAGUAUGACUCCGUUAUUGCUGUAGAAGCGACUCUUGUUCCCAGAAAUUCUUCUACGACAGAUACUGGCUACCGCUUGCAAGUGCAAUAUACUUAUGCAAAGUUGCCAGGAUUCAGCGAGAAGCUUAAUAUGGUGCAGAAUGGGAUGGUUGAUGAAAUAUGUGUUCCUGCAAUGUGUGAAGGAAGGUAUCACAUAGCGAUGGAGGGAGUAACGUUUAAUUUAAUACGUCUUCAUGACAGCCAGUUAUUGGACAAAGUUGUGCUGAAAGGUACCAUUUUUGCAAGAAUGUUACCAGAGCACAAACUUUAUCUCAUAGAAACGCUACAGAAUCUUGGGCAUCAAGUAGGUAUGUGUGGUGAUGGUGCGAAUGACUGCGGUGCGCUAAAGACAGCACAUGCUGGUGUUUCGCUGUCUGUUGCGGAGGCCUCUGUUGCAUCACCUUUCACAUCUACGCAACAGAACAUUCAAUGCAUACCUACAGUUAUAAGAGAAGGAAGAGCAACGCUUGCAGCCACUUUUGGAGCAUUUCGUUAUAUGGUCUGUUAUUGUUUUGUGCUUUUAGCAGCAGUUCUUAUGUUAUUCUGGGAUGGUCAGAAACCGUCAGAUGGAGGUUAUGUUCUCAUCGAUAUUGUUUUAAGCUUAAUACCUCCAAUAUUAUGUAAGUAUUCAUUUUAA